AUGGAGGCGUUUCCCAUUUCGUCAUUCCUCAAUUUCAUUUCAAUUUCUGAAGAUUUAAGCUCGGCCAAUUUAACAAUGAUGAAAUGCGUUAUUUCCCUGUUAGUAUUCCUUGCCAUUAUCUGUGUUGCUGUUGAGAGCCUUACGCUCUAUCGGCGAGUUCCAUUACCUCCAGUCGAUCGUUAUUUGAAGGAAAUCGGCCAAUCAUCACAACUAACAGCAAACAAGAGGUUCACAGCUGAUAUGCUCUUUAAUGAAGAAGAAUGGCCACCUCGUUUUAUCUGA